AUCGCGUGCUCUCAUCAGUGUCCACCCAGCCUCGCUGCUCGGCGGCUGCCGAGCGCCGUCCGCCCACACGUCCGUCUCGAGCCGCGCGUUGCGAUUUCGCUACGACGGACACGCGUGCCGUAGGAAUCCUAGCGCGCCGUUCACUGCCCCACGACACGCGGUCAAUAGCUCGGGAACUCGAACUUCGAGCACGCGUUACUUCCCCGGGGAAAUCAGUGGAUCACUCUCCCUUCACGUCUCUGAUAGCGUCGCGCGCGCAAAAAUUUUGACGACCAAUACUUCCGCGGACCAACUGAUCCUCUGUGAUAUUUCAUCGAAUAUUUUCACGAGAAAGUUUAACAUCGAAGAGCGAGUCUGUCUUUUGUUGACGACACGUCGGGACCAAACAGGAAACGGCGAAGGUAACUGCGGCGCAAAAAUGUUUAAUCUCUAUCAGAGUCUGAACAAGAAGGAUGAGGGUGACGGACAGCGGAACCGCGAGUCCGAAGUGACCGGUCACGACCGAUUCUGCCAACAUCGUACCGGUCAUUCGAGCACUCGUCGUCGUCGUCGCGCCGUAAAUCGUAGAACGCAAAGCGCUACCGAGUUGAAUGCCAGGGCGAUGAGUUCAGCGCGAGGAUCGCUACGACGAGGUCGCAGCGUGAGCACGGAGGAUGAGAACGAGAGCGAGGACGACAAAGGUCAUCAUCAGCUGGCGAACAAGCUGGACAACCUGGCACGACUGCUCUUCAGCCGCGUAUCGGCGGCGCGAGGAUAUAAGGACCAAGGCGACGUCAAUUGUAGAGCAACGUGGCGCGUUAGUGACACGCGACCGCAUCUUAAUCCGUGGUUCGCGAACCUAAUCCGCUUUUGUUCCUGCCAGAGACGCGAUAAUGCACAGGAACAGUCUAGGAAUGGCCGUUACACGGCGCUGAAUCACGGAUCGAAAUCUGUCAACGAGGACGGGGUCGAGUAUGUGGAAAUGGAGAAGAGAUCUCGCGAUCGUGCUUUAUCAAUCUGCCGUGACUACAUCGGGAAAACGCCGCGUUUCGCUCUCAUCAAACAACUCAAUAAUAUCGGGUCGAGGGUGGACAAGUAUUGGUUCAUGGUGAGGGACACGUCGCUGAAGACGGACAGACUGUUAACUUUGGUGCCAUUGAAUCGGAACUGUCCGCUGACCGUCUGUCCUUCCACCAAGGACAUCCUGAACAAUCUGUUUCUGGCCUUACAACAUCCCUACAUCUGUCCCGUCUUUCACGUCGAUUUUCUCGAGUACGAGGACCAAACGUAUAUCGUCCUGGUGCAGCCCAUCAAUCAGGGCAGCCUUAAGGACUUGGUGUACGGCAUCGAGCGGAAUUGCUGGAAUGAGGAUUGGACUCACAAAUAUGCCGCACGAGGCAAGGGACUUACGUUGCCGCAGGUGCAACGAAUGGGACGACAGAUAUUGGAAGCGUUGAUAUUCCUGAAGGAACGAGGAUUCCCCACGGUGACCCAUCUCCAUUCGGGCAACGUGGUGAUCCAAAACGGCGUUGCGAGGCUGGCCGGUCUGGAGAACACUCUUCUAGGCUUCACCAGUCGCGUGCAUCCCGUCGUAACAUCGCGUUUAACGCACUCCAUCUCGAUCGAUAUUAUAUGCUUUGGACACAUGUUGUUCGAAAUGUGCGCCGGCUAUGAAUUGUGUACUUUCAGACCGUCCGCCGUUCAGCUAUCGGACAUUGAAAUGUAUCCGCAGGUCGUGAGGUUCCUCGAACUGAUAUUUACGGAAUCGGAGAGUCAUUUUACUAACAUCGAGGAGCUGCUGAUCCACGAUCUCUUCAGGAAUAUCGAUCUUCGCGAAAUGCGAUGCGCGGCUGUAACCGUAUUUCGUCCAACCCUGACGCCCUCCAUAAUGAGUCUGCUCGAUGGUAUUAAACGGCAAGACGCUGCGAAAGGAACCACGAAUAUUGAUAGCGAGGACGCUUUAUCGAUGAACAGCCUCGAAUGCGGUUCUCUACUUACGCAGAUAUACAACGAGCUUUCACAAACAGCUUUAUAAUAUGGGAACAAAGUCUACAUAUAUGUGUAUAUUUUAUCUCGAAUAAGAAUGCACGUUCCUAUUGUAUUUGCAAAGUGCCAAGAAACCGAUUAUCCCGUUAUUCUAUCAUGUACAAAGUACAUGUCAAAGAAUUUGUACGAGGAUGUAGUUUAUUUGUGUGCUUUCUUCGUGUUUAACAUGUUUGUCCGAUCCAGAUUAUAUAUCGUUAAAAAUAA